AAAAAAAAUCCCUAACCCAUCAACUGUUUCUUCAUUUUGCACACCUUGGUGGCAGUGGGCAGUGGUCGUCGUCUUCUUCGCGUGGUUCAUUGAGAGAGCCAAUGGCUGCACGGACCUCUUUCUUGAGGCAAUGUAUUGCUACGACUACAAGAACAUUGGUGACUGCGAAAUUGAAACAUUCCGGCAACCACUUCACGAGCUUUCUCCUCCCACUUCGCACUUGCUCUCGCAGAUUGAUAGUUCGUGCUAGUAUCACAAACAAUGAAGAAGUUGCUGCAAAAGCAGCUGCGUCUGAUGCAGAAAGUGGAGCUCCAACCAUAUUUGACAAAAUAAUAGCUAAGGAAAUUCCUUCAAACAUUGUAUAUGAGGAUGAAAAAGUCCUAGCAUUUCGAGACAUAAAUCCACAGGCUCCUGUUCAUAUACUAAUCAUUCCAAAGCUCAGAGAUGGAUUGACAGAGCUGGGUAAGGCUGAGGCAAGACAUGGGGAGAUACUGGGUGAGCUGCUGUAUGCAGCAAAAAUAGUGGCUGAGAAAGAGGGCAUUGUUGAAGGAUUUCGUGUAGUCAUCAACAGUGGUGCAACUGCUUGCCAAUCUGUUUAUCAUCUUCACUUGCAUGUUCUGGGAGGGAGACAGAUGAAAUGGCCUCCAGGUUGAACCCAAUUGCUCACAUACACAACUGUUUGUGAUGUGUAUUUAUUGUAUCUGCAGUGACAAGCUGAACAUGGGAACAAUAGAAACAAUGACUUCUGCAGAUGAUUCGAAUUGGAGGGAUGUAUAAAGCUGUCUUUUUCUUUUUUUCCUUUCCUCUCGGGUUUUUCUUUUUUAGUUGAACAAUGGAGAUUGAAUUUUAACUUUUAAGAUAGUAAUAAGCGUCUUAUCCACUCAA